CCUGCCCCCCCGCUCUGCCUGACCCCUCCAUUCUGUCCUGACCCUCCCCCACUUUGUCCUGACCCCUCUGUGCUGCCCCCCUCCCCGGCUUUGCACUAAUUCUGCCCCCUGCCCGCAGCGCUGCAAGGACCGCCUGAACUCCCUGGCCAUCUCGGUGAUGAACCAGUGGCCGGGGGUGAAGCUGCGGGUGACGGAGGGCUGGGACGAGGACGGGCACCACUCGGAGGAGUCGCUGCACUACGAGGGCCGAGCUGUGGACAUCACCACCUCCGACCGGGACCGCAACAAGUACGGCCUGCUGGCGCGCCUGGCCGUGGAGGCCGGCUUCGACUGGGUCUACUACGAGUCCAAGGCCCACAUCCACUGCUCCGUCAAGUCAGGUAGGGCCGGGGGCCGGGCUGGGCCUGCUCGUGGGCAUGUGGCCGUG